CACACAGAACCCCCCCCCCCCCCCCCCCCUGUCUCCUCCUCCUUGGCUUUGCUAGCUUCCUGCUCCCUUCGCUUCGCACAUGCAGCCAUAUCUUGAGCUAGCUUCUCUCCGCAUCACCACCACCAUCCCUCUGUCCCCAAGAAUAUAUAGCACGAUCUUCCUCGAGGCCAUGGCUGCCAUGGCCUAUAUAGCCCUGUGGGGCGCGGCAUUGGCCGCCACCGUCGCCCUCCUCCACUGGGCGUACAGGUGGCGCCACCCCAAAUGCGCCGGCACGCUCCCGCCGGGGUCCAUGGGCAUCCCCAUCAUCGGCGAGACGCUGCAGUUCUUCGCCCCCAACCCGACCUGCGGCCUCUCCCCCUUCGUCAGGGACAGGGUGAAGAGGUACGGGAGCAUGUUCAAGACGAGCAUCGUGGGGCGCCCGGUGGUGGUGUCGGCGGACCCGGACGUGAACCACUACGUGUUCCAGAACGAGGGGAAGCUGUUCGAGAGCUGGUACCCGGACACCUUCACCGAGAUCUUCGGCCGCGACAACGUCGGCUCCCUGCACGGCUUCAUCUACAAGUACCUCAAGACCCUCGUGCUCCGCCUCUACGGCCAGGAGAACCUCAAGGCCGUGCUCCUCGCCGAGACCGACGCCGCCUGCCGCGGCAGCCUCGCCGCGUGGGCGGCGCAGCCCUGCGUCGACAUCAAAGACGGACUCUCCACUAUGAUAUUUGACCUUACGGCCAAGAAGCUGAUCGGCUACGAGCCGACCAAGUCGUCGGAGAGCCUGCGGGAGAAUUUCACGGCGUUCAUUCGCGGCUUGAUCUCGUUCCCCCUCAACAUCCCCGGCACGGCCUAUCAUGAAUGCAUGGAGGGGAGGAAGAAGGCGAUGAAGGUGCUCAAGGGCAUGAUGAAGGAGAGGAUGGCGGAUCCGGAGAGGAAGUGCGAGGACUUCUUCGACCACGUGAUCCAGGAACUCAGGAGGGAGAAGCCGCUUCUGACGGAGACCAUCGCGCUGGACCUCAUGUUCGUGCUCCUCUUCGCCAGCUUCGAGACCACGGCGCUGGCGCUCACCCUCGGCGUCAAGCUGCUCUCCGAGAACCCCAGAGUCGUCGACGCGCUAACGGAGGAACACGAAGCGAUCAUCAGCAACAGGGAGGACCCAGAUGCCGCGGUCACGUGGGCCGAGUACAAAUCGAUGACCUUCACGUCUCAGGUAAUAAUGGAGAUCGUCAGACUCGCCAACAUCGUGCCGGGGAUUUUCCGGAAGACCCUGCAAGACGUUGAGAUCAAAGGCUACACAGUUCCAGCGGGAUGGGGUAUCAUGGUGUGUCCGCCGGCGGUGCACCUAAACCCCGAGAUAUACGAAGAUCCUCUGGCGUUCAACCCAUGGAGGUGGCAGGGCAAACCUGAAAUCACCGGUGGAACGAAGCAUUUCAUGGCGUUCGGAGGUGGGCUUCGGUUCUGCGUUGGGACCGAUCUCACCAAGGUCUUGAUGGCAACAUUCAUUCACAACCUGGUUACGAAAUACAGAUGGAAGACAGUCAAAGGAGGGAACAUAGUCCGGACACCGGGCCUCGGCUUCCCGGAUGGCUUUGACAUCCAGCUCUUCCCGAAGAACUGACCCUUUUUUGAUGAUAUCUGGACAGUUUGGUCGUUGCAGUGGCAAAGAUCAUAUUUUAGGAUGGAAAGCCAUAUACUUAGCAUAGUGGUAGGAUACACAUUCCUUAGUUAUAAGUUAUAACUACAGUCAUAUUACCGAGUACCACCUCUAAUGGAUCCAGAAUGGGUUUUUUGUACUUUUGGCUGUUUUCGUUUUCCAUGUGGUUAGUCAUCUAUCCAUGUGUUGUGUGUAAAUCGGUCCAUACAUCUCAAAUGAGAAAGAGAGCACAUUGCAUGAAA